AUGGCUGAAGACCAUAGGCAGAUUGUCAAUCAGAAUGAGCAGCUUUCGGUUGUACCCGAACAACCUGGGCAACCUUCGGGGGCAUUGCAACCAGCUGUAGACGCCCCGGUCAGUGCCUCGGCAAGGGAAUGGGGUCGUGUGAAGCUUCGAAUCUAUAACCAAAGUCGGAGUGGGUCUGUACUGGGGGAAGGCGCCGGAGUAGGAAUCGGGAUCGCUGCUUUCUACUUCCAACAUGUGGAUCUAGUCAGACAGGCCAUACGUAGAUCCGUCGAACGGAGCGAUCCCGGUAACCCCAACCAAAGACCCGACCCGGAGGUUGGGUUGGAGGUACAGGUGGGCUCCCUUCUUGUCCCCGUGAUUUUUCACUCCAAACUGGGGUACGAAUACUUCAGCUCCAUCCUAAACGGUACCUUUCUGAAGGCCUGCCUGAGAUCGGAGCUGGAGAAAGCCGGCUACGGGGAGCCCGUGGACGUGAGCGUGGAGAAGUGGGAAGUACCGCCGACAUCUGAGGCGAGGGUAACCCGCGCAGCUAGCCUGCUACCGGGGACAACGGGACAGUAUAACGUGGAGGCCGUGUUGUCACCCGAAAAGUUAUCUUUUUUUUAUUUUUCAAACGCUUCCCCACCGCAGAAACUACAAGAUUCUCUUCGCACAACAGAGGAGGACUCGGGUGCACCGCCCGUGAGCGACUUAGCCGGGCUCUCCGUCUUUACACCUGACGAAGAUGGGCAACGGAAAAAGGACGAUGAUACACCGUCUGGGAAAGGGGGACCGAAGAAACGCCCGCAGAUAGGCCUGAGAGCCAGGCUACAGCGGCACAAGGAGUCAACAACGGCGAAGACAAUGCUUCAGGCGUACAGCUGCUUGGAGAAGGGAGCGGCCAUGCUGGUCUCUAGCGAGUAUCAGGAGGGGGAGGGGGUCAGGCAUCUUUUGGAGGGGCUCGUGCUGAUGGAAGAAGUGCUACCAGGGGACGUGGAGACAGUCCUGUACGGUCAGCACUGGCUGAACCUCGACAAGGCGAAACUGAACCACCUGCUAUGUACAGAGCUGCGAGAUAGUGCUGAGAACACCCCCUGUCUGCUGCUACAGGCACUGCAGCUUCCGACGGGAGACAGUCGACUGCGGGCCAUAAACCAUGUGAUCGACGUCGUCCUCCAGCGAGGAAAACCAGACGCCUUAUACAGCGACCUGGCGUACAUAUACUUCGCGCUGUGUUCCACACUGUGGACUAGCACCAAACAUUCAGCGGCCACACUGUCCGCCUGUGCCAGCGCUCUCAUGCAUCAACCACGCCACCUAAGGAUUUUCUGGGGGACUUUCCGGAUGUGA